AUGAUUGGCCAAGCUACCUUGUUUGUACCUACGGAAAAUGACCCAGUGCGGUAUUAUGGGUCGCCCAAGCCAACGCUCCUCGAGCACCGAAUACUGUCUCGUCCUUGUUCAAUAAUACGACAAUCGACGGUUGACAUGGUGCGUAUACUCAACGGACACGCCCAGCAUGAAGGGAGCGAACGGCAUAGAAUCGUCAUCACCGGUCGAGCGGGGACCGGGAAGAGUGUCCUUCUGAUUCAGUCUGUCCAAUAUUGCCACGCGCAGGAUUGGGUAGUCAUAUACGUGCCUAGAGCUGCCAGCACUGUGAACUCAACGACUCUGCAUACUUAUGACCUCCGGACACAAACAUACGUGCAGCCCAAUUAUGCACAUCAAACCCUCCGGCGUAUUCUCAUUGUGAACAGAUCUCGUCUGGAAUCCAUUCCGACACAGAAAACCCACGCGUUUGAGAAAGUCAAGGUUGAAGCUGGUUCCCCGUUAACCACGCUUAUCGAGGUCGGCCUCGCCGAUAAAGCCAUAGCACCAGCCAUUCUCGACGAGCUCUUCUCCGAGCUAGGGGAGCAAAAGCAACAUCCUGUCUUGUUGGCUGUUGAUGGCUUCCAGGCGCUUUACUGCCGCACCGCCUAUCGAGAUCCUCAUUUCGCGUCCAUCCGUUCUUAUCACCUUUCGAUGCCCCGACUUAUCAUGGAGUACGCAUCAGGCAGGCGAACAUUUGCCAGGGGAGCUGUUGUGGGAGCUAUAAUGUCCACUGACACCCAGUAUCCUCUUUCAGAGGAUCUUCGUCUAGAACUGGACAUCUUCAAUGACCGGGCCUCGAGUCCUUACGACAAGCAGUCCCGUCCUCUCCGAAAGUAUGCUUCGGGUCUUCUUCCAUUACAACUGCCGGACGGCCUUACGCCCACUGAAGCCGCAUCGCUGUUCGAGAUCUGGAUGUCGGAAAAAGCCCUAGCGCCAGCCGCGACUGACGAGCUGUUCCUCGCAAAGUACACAGAAUCAGGUGGUAACCCCAGGGAGUUCAUCUGGAAGGGACUGCUUGGGACCUUGGAAGGCCCACCGUUGGUUAUUGACAAACGUCGACCGUUCGCCCAGAUGACUAUACCGUGA